AACAACUUCUCACAGUUUGAAUUCAGCUGUAGUAGAGGACUAGGAGCUGCUUGUUAUUGUUAAGCUCUAAUAAGGAAGUAUUCUAGUAAAGAAGAUGCAAACUCUGCAUAGCAGCCAAUCUGUUAGACCUUUUAAACUGAGAAAGAGUUUUGCAACUAGACUGGAAGAAGUAGCAGGAAUUCGGGCAAAGUUCCCAACAAAAAUCCCGGUAAUUGUUGAACGGUAUCAGAAAGAAAAAUAUCUUCCUCUACUGGACAAAACAAAAUUUCUUGUUCCUCAGGAGCUGACCAUGACACAGUUUAUAACCAUCAUUAGAAGCAGAAUGGCUCUAACUGCUACACAAGCUUUCUACCUGCUGGUGAACAACAAGAGUCUGGCCAGUAUGUCUCUGACAUUGGCUGAAGUGUACAGGGACUACAAAGAUGAAGAUGGCUUUGUAUAUAUGACAUAUGCUUCCCAGGAGAUGUUUGGAUGUCUCUUGCCCACUGCCCAAGGGAAACUUAUGGAAUGCCUUCUAAAAACAUAAGGGCAUGUCUGACUGCUGCUAUUAGGCAGCUGAUCAUGCCAGUGACUUGAAGAUCAGAGAUGCUCUUUCUAGUAUGGGAUCUUAAACACUGUACUGAGGGCUAAUGGCCCAGAUGUUGGCAGGACCAACUAAUGCAGCAGUGGUGGUGCUCUAUUCCUAGAUAAGUAACUUGGAGAUAUAUAUUUUAUAUUUGAAAAGACACUAGUGGGUUUUUUGAACUGCACCUUUAGGUGUGUUUUUUUUUGUUU